AGAAUUGAUGAAAACCGACCGCAUUGGGACUGCAAGAAAGACGCGGUUGCAUCGGAUAUUCGAGCAUGUGGACCAGAUAGCCAACGUCAGGGGAGAAGAAGACGGCCAGAACACGUUCUGUAGGCCCCAAAUUACGAAAGCAACGACAGACUUAGGCGCCACAAAGUCUGGCAGAAAGCAGGUUAAGCCGACGUCAGGGGGGCCGUGUGUGGAGGUCGAGCGCUCAGGGACUUAGAAGAUGAAAGAUGAAUGUCUGAAUCGAUGAGAGCUUGGAACAAUCAGAAGGAGUGACCGAAGGAUAACUCUGGAUUCCGAUAGGAUAGGUUUCGUCAGCACAAUGACCGCUUCGUCUGACAGCCCGUGACCGCACGUGAGACAGGUGAUCAACUGCUCAGCUCACAGCACAGCCUCCUCUGUCCUCAAGUUUCCUCAAGACAAGCGAUGGGUUUCGCACACAACAACGUCCUCCACGCCAACCACUUCCGGAAGGACUGGCAGCGUCGCGUUCGCACUUGGUUUGACCAGCCCGGACGCAAGCUCCGUCGUCGCACUGCCCGCAAGACCAAGGCCGCCACCCUCGGUGUUCGCCCUCUUGAGCCUCUGCGCCCUGCCGUCCGAGGACAGACCGUCCGCUACAACCGCAAGGUUCGCGAGGGACGGGGCUUCACCCUCGGUGAACUCAAGGCGGCUGGUAUUGGACGCAAGGAGGCGCGCGGUGUUGGCAUUGUCGUGGAUCACAGGCGGCGAAACUUGAGCGAGGAGGGCAAGAAGCUGAAUGUCGACCGCCUGCUCGCAUACAAGUCGAAGCUAAUCGUGUUCCCUCGCAAAGCCGGCAAGCCCAAGAAGGGGGACUCUACCGGCGACGACCUUACGGCCACGACGACUCGUGCUGCGUUCCCCCUGCCCGAAUCUUUCAUCGCCGAGGCACCCCGCAAAAUCACUUCCGAGGAGCGCGAGUUCGAGGCUUUCCGUGCUCUGCGUGUGGCACGUGCCAACAAGAGACACGAGGGUGCUCGCAAGGCCCGCCAAGCCAAGAAGGAGGAGGAGGAGGCCAACAAGAAGAAGUAAGCUGGAUCUUCUUCCUGUUCGGUUGCUUCUGUUCUCUCUCUCUACACUCAAAACGUUGCGAGUAUAUUGCCCCCAUGCCCUACUGUACUAUGAGACAAUACUAUGCGCAUCACCUCCAUAAGUCUAUUGGUAUCAACGACAUCUAUA